UUUUAAUCCACUAUAUAUCAUCCCCCAUCAGUCCCUUGCCUCGUCUCUCAUCCACACACACUAAGAAAAAAAUGGUGAAUCUAUUAUCUUGUCUCUUACUAAUUGUUUUGUUAUCAUUGCAUUGUUUUGUGGCUUGCUUAGCUGCGAAUAUAAAAAACAUCACAACUGAUCAACAUGUUCUUCUAGCAUUCAAAUCCCUGAUUACUUCAGACCCAUAUGAUAUGUUGGCUAAUAAUUGGUCAACCUCCUCUUCUGUAUGCAAUUGGGUUGGUGUAACUUGUGAUGAGCGACACAAUAGAGUCCAUAGUUUGAUCCUCCAAAACAUGAGUCUUAGAGGUACCGUUUCCCCAAACUUGGGGAAUCUGUCCUUUCUUGUUAUACUUGACCUAAAAAAUAAUAGCUUCGGUGGUCAGUUUCCUACGGAGGUAUGUCGGUUGCGCCGAUUAAAGGUUCUUCAUAUCAGCUACAACGAGUUUGAAGGGGGGAUUCCUGCAGCGUUGUGGGACUUAUCACAACUUCAAUAUUUGUAUCUUGGCGCUAACAAUUUUACUGGUUUUAUCCCCGAAUCUAUUGGCAACCUUCGGUGGUUGAAAGAAUUGGAUACUAGCAACAACAGAUUGUCUGGGCCCAUACCUCAAACAAUUUCAAACAUGUCUUCACUCGAAGUUCUCCAUUUAUUUUCUAACUACUUUUCAGGUGAAAUUCCAUCGCUUAACAACAUGACUUCUUUGAAGGUGGUCAAAUUUGGCGUUAACAAUUUAAAUGGAAGAUUACCAAAUGAUUUUUUCAAUCAGCUUCCUCAACUUCAAAUUUUUACAUUACACAACAAUCAAUUUGAAGGAAGCAUUCCACAAUCAAUUGGUAACUGCACAUCGCUAUUAUACUUAAGUUUAUCAUCAAACUUUCUCACAGGCGACAUAUCAUCGAUUUUCAAAUUCAACAACUCAUUGUUGCAAGAUUUGUAUCUUAGCUAUAAUAAUUUGUCAGGCAAUCUUCCAUCAAAUAUUUGUCAUGGGCUUCCAAAUCUAAGAAUAUUUCAUAUUUAUCAUAAUGAUAUUUCCGGUGAGAUGCCGACUAUCUGGCAUCAAUGUGAAGAGAUGGAGGGAUUAGAUCUAUCAUUCAAUAGUUUUAACAAAGGACCCAUGCCAGGUGGCAUCCGAAACAUGACCAAACUUCAACAACUAUAUCUUAUGGGCAACAACUUGGAGGGUGAAAUUCCAUCGUUUAACAGCAUGACUUCUUUGAGGGUGGUCAAAUUUAGCUAUAACAAUUUGAAUGGCAACUUACCAAAUGAUUUUUUCAAUCAGCUACCUCAACUUGAAAACUGUAAUUUACACAACAAUCAAUUUGAAGGAAGCAUUCCACGAUCAAUUGGUAACUGCACAUCAUUGAUAUACAUAAAUUUAGCAUCAAACUUUUUGACAGGUACGAUUCCCGAGGAGAUUGGCUAUCUUGAUAAACUUGAGGUGUUAUACUUGUCUAACAAUAGCUUAAGUGGAUCUAUUCCUUCCAAAAUCUUCAACUUGUCAUCACUCAUUGAUUUGGGGGUUGAACAGAAUAGCCUCUCAGGCACAAUUCCAUUAAAUACAGGAUAUAGCCUUCCUAACCUGCAACGUCUACACUUGUAUCAAAACAAUUUUGUUGGAAAUAUUCCAAAUAACAUAUUCAACUCUUCUAAGCUCCGUCAAAUCGCAUUGGACGAAAAUGCAUUCAGUGGAAAUCUACCCAAUACUGCUUUUGGAGAUUUAAGAUUCCUUGAAAUGUUUUUCAUAUAUAACAACAAAUUGACAAUAGAAGAUUCUCAUCAAUUCUUUACUUCCUUGACAAAUUGUAGAUAUUUGAAAUAUCUUGACUUAUCAGGUAAUCAUAUAUCCAAUCUUCCUAAGUCAAUUGGAAACAUAACUUCAGAAUACAUCAGGGCAGAAUCAUGUGGAAUUGGUGGUUAUAUUCCCCUAGAAGUUGGAAACAUGACCAACUUGCUAUCUUUUGAUCUGUUUAACAAUAAUAUAAAUGGACCAAUACCUCGAUCAGUCAAACGGCUAGAGAAGCUUCAAGUAUUGUCUCUUGGUUACAAUGCACUCAAAGGAUCAUUCAUUGAUGAGCUCUGUCUAAUUAAGAGUUUAGGUGAGUUGUAUCUAGAAAAUAAUAAGCUUUCUGGUGUUUUACCAACAUGUUUGGGAAAUAUGACUUCUCUUAGAAUAUUGAACGUAGGAUCUAACAAUUUGAACUCUAAGAUACCUUCAUCUCUUUGGGGUCUCACAGAUAUAUUAAUAUUAGAUUUGUCCUCCAAUGCUUUUAUUGGUGAUUUUCCACCCGAUAUUGGGAAUUUGAGAGAGCUUGUAAUAUUAGAUCUAUCAAGAAAUCAAAUUUCAAGCAACAUUCCUACAACCAUCAGUUCCUUACAAAAUUUGCAGAAUCUCUCCUUAGCUCAUAAUAAAUUGAAUGGGUCAAUUCCCGCAUCACUGAAUGGAAUGGUAAGCUUGAUCUCUUUGGACUUGUCUCAAAAUAUGUUAACUGGUGUUAUUCCAAAAUCCUUAGAAUCACUUUUGUACCUUCAAAACAUCAACUUCUCAUAUAAUAGAUUACAAGGAGAGAUUCCUAAUGGUGGACAUUUCAAAAAUUUCACAGCUCAAUCAUUUAUGCAUAAUGAAGCACUCUGCGGUGAUCCUCGCCUUCAAGUACCUACAUGUGGUAAGCAAGUUAAGAAAUGGUCCAUGGAAAAAAAGCUUAUAUUGAAAUGCAUACUUCCCAUAGUUGUGUCAGCCAUUUUGGUUGUUGCGUGCAUCAUACUUUUAAAGCAUAAUAAAAGGAAAAAGAACAAAACUUCUCUUGAAAGGGGUUUGUCAACUUUGGGAGCUCCAAGAAGAAUAUCCUAUUAUGAAAUUGUGCAAGCAACUAAUGGAUUCAAUGAGAGUAAUUUCCUUGGAAGGGGGGGAUUUGGCUCUGUUUAUCAGGGCAAGCUUCUUGAUGGUGAGAUGAUUGCCGUUAAAGUAAUUGAUUUGCAAUCAGAGGCAAAAUCAAAGAGCUUUGAUGCAGAAUGCAAUGCAAUGAGAAAUCUACGACAUCGAAAUAUGGUUAAGAUUAUCAGCAGUUGUUCAAAUCUUGAUUUCAAAUCAUUGGUGAUGGAGUUCAUGUCUAAUGGAAGUGUGGACAAUUGGUUAUAUUCAGUUAACCAUUGCUUAAAUUUCUUGCAAAGGUUAAAUAUAAUGAUAGAUGUUGCAUCUGCAUUGGAAUAUCUCCAUCAUGGUUCUUCAGUACCAGUGGUUCAUUGCGAUCUAAAGCCUUCUAAUGUCUUAUUGGAUGAAAAUAUGGUUGCACAUGUAAGCGAUUUUGGUAUUGCCAAGCUCAUGGAUGAAGGACAAUCUAAAACUCAUACACAAACUUUGGCUACUAUUGGAUACCUUGCACCAGAGUAUGGAUCUAAGGGAAUUGUUUCUGUCAAAGGAGAUGUGUACAGCUAUGGGAUCAUGUUAAUGGAAAUCUUCACAAGAAGAAAGCCAACAGAUGAUAUGUUUGUUGCUGAACUAAACUUGAAGACAUGGAUCAGUGGAUCAUUUCCUAAUUCAAUUAUGGAGGUCUUGGAUUCAAAUUUAGUCCAACAAAUUGGCGAACAAAUUGAUGACAUAUUGAUUUACAUGUCAUCUAUUUUUGGUUUAGCCCUGAAUUGUUGCGAAGAUUCACCUGAAGCAAGAAUUAAUAUUGCAGAUGUUAUUGCGUCGUUAAUCAAAAUCAAGACUUUGGUUCUUAGCGCAAGCAGGGUCUAGUUAUUUUCAUUUGUAUAAGAGGAGUUUUAAUUCGUUGGAAUGUAUUUUUAAGUGGUUAUUCUUUUCCUUUUGUAAUGUUUGUGUGGGAUGUUUUCAAUAUGGUUUUUGGAUUUAUGUCUUGCUUCUUCUGGUUUGUCUUUUCAAUUUUCUUCAUCGUUUGAGAUUGAAGUACACCAUUUUCUUAAUAUAUUUCCUCUAGCUGUUAAAAGAAUCAA